UCAAAUGGGUAGUAUUGUUUGACAGAAGAUGGAUCGUCUAUUUCUUAAUCUGUGUUUGUCGUUGCUAACAUUAAAGCAUUGUUCAUCAUUUAGUGUGAAAUACGCUCUGGAAAGGGUGGAUAGUGUAGAAAGCAGACUUGAAGCUAUUAGCAAGUUGCGACGUGCCGAUCUCGCGGAAAUAUUCAGCAAGAUGUAUGCAUUAGACAACAAAAUGAACAUGUUAAAUAUAAAAAAGGACAACUCUAACAACGAGAGAAAGAUGGAAAUAGUAAAUGGAAUAAAGAGCAAAUGAAUUGCUGAUUAUCUUCUAAAAGGGGCGGCUGCGGAAAAACUUGAAAACAUUAAAAGUAGAGAGAUACUGAACAAUAUGGUGAAAUCUGUUGCAGAUAAUAUUACAAACAAUACAGUGCAGUUACAAAACAAAAUACAAGAAUUGGAAAACGAAAUGGCAACGUUGGUAAAUAAAGAAUUGUUGGACACAACAGUGGAGAACAUGAAGAAACAAUGGGCAAGUCAGAUAGAGAAACAAUGGGCAAGUGAGAUAGAAUCACUCAAGUCUGAGUUAGAAACAAGGAAAGAACAAGAACAGGCAUUAAUGAAUAAAAUUGACUCAUUAACAAUUCAACUAAGUGAGUAUAACAAGAGUCUUAAAUAUCAAGAAAUGAAAACACAAGUGGAAACAAUUUUGUCAUGCUCUGACCCAACGCAUUUAAAACAGCAAAAAAGUGGUGUUUAUGUUCUACAGAAUGGUCUUAGAGUUUAUUGUGAUCAGGUUACCGACGGCGGAGGAUGGACGGUAUUCCAGCGUCGGAAAGACGGGUCUGUGGACUUUGAACGUAAAUGGGCAGACUACAAAGCAGGUUUUGGGGAUUUGGAAGGCGAAUUCUGGCUUGGAAACGACAACAUACAUUUGCUAACAGCAACUGGGAAUCAUGAGUUACGAAUCGAUAUGGAAGACUUUGAGGGAAACAAGGCAUAUGCAAAAUACAGGAGUUUCAGAAUAAAAUCAGAGUCGGACAACUACGCCAUUGAAGUAAGCGGUUACAGCGGUGAUGCGGGAGACUCUCUCAUCAACAUGCAUAAUGGGAGGGAAUUCUCUACGACAGACAGUGAUAAUGAUUGGUAUACCGAAAACUGUGCUAAGAACUAUAGAGGUGCGUGGUGGUAUUCAAAUUGUCAUGAUUCAAAUCUAAAUGGAUUUUAUUAUCAUGGUGCUGACUCCCCUGGAAGCAAGGGCAUUAACUGGUAUUACUGGAAAGGUACAUAUACAUACUCUCUGAAACACGUGGAAAUGAAGCUUCGGUAAAAGUUUGAUACUUCAUUAUCAAUGCGGAAUAUCUACACUCGGAUAUUUUACCUAAUUCGAGUGUAAAUGACAUGGCCAAAAUAGAUAAAUUUCAUUUUAUAUUAGGUGAUGGAUUCACAAAGUGUCUUCCAUCAAAUUUAUGACUAAUCGUAUGUUUUAGACGCUUUGGCUUGUCCCGGACUGACAAACGUUUUGAAUACCACAAGAUUUUAACAAUGUAAAAGUUGACUUCGUUUAAAGCAUAGUUUCCACUAAAACGGACUUCUAUUUCAUAAAAUUGUCAUGUAGUUACUACAUGUACAUUCAGUGAUAUUUACAAAUAUGUUAAAAAGUAGGAUUUAAACAAGCAAAUUCGAUGAAUUGGUAUCCCCCGCCGAAAGGGUAUGUGGUGAGGAAUGGCAAAAAUAUAUAUCCGGCAAAAAGUUAAGGAUGUUACUAAGAAGCAAAUAAUUUCAUUAGACAAAAUCAGUUUAACAGAAAACAAAUAUUUAACUAAAGAGUACAUAAUAAAUGUAUGAUACUUUGAUCCUGACUAAAGAAUUUAUUUUGAAUGGAAUGCUUACUGUAAUAAGCAUAGCUUUUAAAAUUAAAUGCAGUUAAUUGAAAUGUGAGCUUGAAGUUUAACUGGAACGAAUUAUUGUCUUUGAGUGGUUUUGCACCAAGUGUUGCUGUUUAACAUGUGCAUAUGAACUUAAAGAACACAAUCAAGUAAGAGGGGUUGAACGGGUGAAGACACAAGACUUCACAUGUUGAUUAUAAAUAUUGAUGAAAAAUUAAAAAGGGGGGUUGGGAGGGGGAGUGACCAAGGUAAGGUAAGGGGGUGACCAGUUGUGGGUGCACAACUUCACAUGUUUAUAAUAAAUGUUCAUGGAAAAGAAUGAAAGAAAUUCAAUGAAAUUCUACCAAAUGGUAAGUUUGUUAUGUACAAAUAUGUGGAUUUUUAUACAAUUAAGGGGCAAUAACUCUGAAGUAACAAAAUAAAUCCAAACAAAAUUGUGUGCGCACAUACACAUUAUGGUGAUCUAAAUUCUGUUUAAGUUUCAUAGUUCUAGGUCAAAUAUACUCACCACAUUAUGGUGCUCUGUUUAAGUUUCAUAGUUUUAGGUCAAAUAUAUCAAAAGUUAUGUUGUAGAAAUUGCCAUGGUAAGGGGGUGACCAGGUGUGGGUACAUAACUUCACAUGUUUACAAUAAAUGUUCAUGGAAAAAAAGGAAAGAAAUUUAAUGAAAUUCUACCUAAUGGUAAGUUCGUUAUGUACAAAUAUGUGGAUUUUUAUACAAUUAAAGGGUUAUAACUCUGAAGUUACAAAAUAAAUCCAAACAAAAUUGUGUGUACACAUACACAUUAUGGUGAUCUAAAUUCUGUUUAAGUUUCAUAGUUCUAGGUCAAAUAUAUCAAAAGUUAUGAUGCAGAAAUUGCCUUAUUUAUGGUACACUAUAUAGUUAACAUUAGAAACUUCUAAGGGCCAUAACUCUGGUGUUACUAGGGCAAUCUGACUGAAAUUUGACGGACGGACGGACGUUCCUACAUAUGGAUACUUAUGUGGCUACUCUUUUGUUCUCUCUGUUGUUCUUUUAGCCACGUAAGAGAAAAUAGUCACAUAAAAGCCUUACGGAAUGAAUGACAUCAAAGAAAAAGUACUGUUACCUAUUGUUCCUAUAGCCACCUAAGUAUGCAAAUGUGAGCUCCGAAGGACGGACGGACGAACAACGCCAAAACUAUAUCCCUCCAACUUUCGUCGGGGGAUAAUAAUAGGCAUGACACAGAGUUAUUGUUCGUUUUAGUAUUCAUGAGACAUGAGACAUUGAAAAACUUGAAUAGUUUGAAAAUGUUAUCGGUAGUAUAACAUUGAGUCAUUACAUGUUUUAUCAUCUCAUAUUGCUUAUCCUGGCUAAAUGUUUUGACACCGUCACAAGAUUUGUGGCAAGGAGAAUAUUAAAUAUCUGUAUAUUCUUAUGUAUAAUUAUAAGUAUAAUGUAAGUAUAAUAAGAAUACUUAAAACUCCUUAUAUAGUUCCUUGGAAAGUUUUCAAACAGAAGAUGAAGCAAGCGGGCGAGCGAAUACGUAAAGAAAAGACCCUGUCGAGUACAGUCUUCGUUGUAACGAACAUUUCAUAAUUCAAAAUGGCAUUUUAUCGAAAGGGAGAGCACUAAAUGACGCGUCAUGGGCAAGUGAUUCUAAGUCGAUUACUCAAACCACUCAGCUUUUGAAAGUCUUGACAGCCCGUCCGUUUAGCUCAAUAGGGAGAGCGCAGAUCUACGGAUCGCGGGGUCGUUAGUUCGGUCCCCGGGCGAGGCAUAUGUUCUCCGUGACGAUUGUGUAUGAAAUCGUUCGUUCUCUACCUCUGAUUCAUGUUGGGAAGUUGACAGUUCCUUGCAGAGAACAGGUUUGUUCUGGUACAGGAUCCAGGAUCCAGAAACACUGGUUAGGUCAACUUUCCGUCAUUACGUAGCUAAAAUUAUGUUGAAAAACGGCGUUAAACUCAAAACAAACAAGCAAAAAAAAAAUGUCUUGACAUUCUCCAGUGUAGCCAUUUUCCCUUUCUGUCUGUAACUGUAUACAUAUAGAGUUAAUUUCAACUUAAAAAAUGGCUCAACAGAUUUAUGAAUUUUUGACCGGAAAAAGUCUUUGCUUGAGUUCCCCGAUGUUCAAGACAUGUCAUGGUAUUUUUCACUUUUUGUUUACUCUGUUAGUUUCGUUGGAUCAUUUAUUUUUCCAAGUAUUUAUUCUGGAUUCACUAUACGUAUAUUUUCAAGUUUUCCAUUUCAAGUUGACAAAUGUCGAGAUGGUUCAAUAAUCUGAACCAAACGACAAGUUUUAACACCACAUGUAAUUUCGUAAUCCAUGUAUUUCCAUUCUAUCAAAGUUAUAAAAAAGGGAGGUAAUAACAAUUUUACAAACUUGCAUUUCUAAUCUCGGCUUCACAUGUUACUAUAAAUGCUAUUCUUUGACGAGUGUAAAACUUGUAAUAUGUUUAUCAAAGCAGCGGGGCAGCAGUAUAGAAUAUGAAAUUAAAAAAAAACAUAUUUAAAAACAAACGCCCAUUGUAAUAAGAUUAUGCGAACAUGUCCAUUAUAUGAUCAGAAUCUGAGUGACCACUUAUAAAUGAACUGCCUCUAAAUCGGACAUUCUGUAUACUUUUCAGACAGUAAAAAUAGCACGAACCUCAGUAGGAGGCCGUAUUUUUUACAGUCAUUGGUCAUUUUAAUUUAACAUAGUUACUACUGUUAUAUUUACAUUUUUUGUAUAUUAUGCUUUUAAGACUUCUAUAAUUGAAGGCCAUACUGGAAAUAAGUUGUAUGAUAUUUGUAUUUGUACGAUUAGUAUGUAUCCUUCAGAAAAUAAAAUUGUUAUCUUAAUUAAAGUAGUGUAAAAGAAAACCCGUUUAUCAAACAUUUUGCUGUUAUUGAUCUGCUGCACAAUAAAAAAGAUAUUUCUGUAACUGCGUAGAAGACAAAUUUCUGAUGAGAUCUUUUCGAUAAACACAGGUGUUUUUUUUUAUAUUCGUCUCUGACAUGGUAACUAUAUUUUGCAUAGGCUUUGUCACCCCCAAAGUCUUCCGUACCAAUUCAUAUGACAUACGAAUAUGUAUGUUAUCGUUUCUAAGCCAAAAUUCCCCUUCCAACUCCCCAAAGUCUGCUUAAUAGUAUGCCCAUUUACGUUCAAAGUCAAUACUGUAGACCUGUACCGUCAAUAGCCUGAUCACAAUAAAUAAAGCUAUACAACAAGUGUAUACCAUCUAUAACAUAAUGCAUCGUAUUGUUAAUACACAUAAACACGUUCAUCUUAUAUUAAAAUUCAUAUGUAGUAAUUGUUCAUACAUUCAAAUAUGAAAUUUGGGUUUGGUACACCUCUAAGAACGGUUUUAAGUCAUUUUAGAAUGUUCAGAGUGGGCUUCUGCUAUCAUUUCUCCAGAAUUCCCUAAAUACCACAGGCCGUUUCGGUUGCGCAAAAGCAAGACCCUUGAAUCCAUUCCAUUCGUAUGAAAUCGAAAAAAAAAAUCCCAGCUUUUAGACAGUUCAAUGUCUGUUUAAAUGUACGAUUAGAUGCGCUGUGUGGAUGGAACAGCAAAUAUUUUACGUACUCUCUUUGAAACUGAGCAGGUAAAUUUUUGUCCGCAAAUAA